AUGAACCAAGAUCUUUGCACUGGAAAAGCACGAAUGACAGGGAGCGCAGCGGCCCGGGAAUUCCUUCUUGCUGUCGCCCUUCGCCCAUCUAGUCAAAUGACCAAGCAGGGCUUCCCCAAGCUCUGCAUGCUUGACGCCUCGUCGAUCAUGUACGAGUGAGGGCAAGACAUUCCGUUGCACACAGUGUUCAUGGGCUUGUUUGCGGCCGUUCUCUACUCGUAUUGCCUCGCGCACGGUGGCCUACUACCUCGAGGAAGCCAACUAGAGCAGGCCGGGCUGUCACAUCGGCUGCCUGCAUCGGACUUCAUGUACCCAGGCAUGGGCGGGGCGAGAGCAAGGCCAUAUAUGGCCAGCAUUGAAUGUGAAAUUCAUCUUAUCCUCAAUGAGCUCCAUGCUACCAGGCCAUUAGCAUCUAGCCAAUUGAAUUCUCAUGAAGUGUGCGUCAUUGACAUGUGAUUCCAUAGAUACUGCUCAAUCGUUUCGCCGGUCUUGAGCCGUGAUCUGGUUCAAAGGGAGGCCAUGAGGUCAGCCAGAUUUGCUUUCUUCUUUUUGCCUCUUUUCUAGGGUACGGCAUCCAGAUGUCAGGACCUACAUUGCGUAGAAUCUAGAAGCUGGCGUGGUCGGUAUCUCUACUUGAACUGACAACAUCGCUGCAAUCGGGCUUUGACUUGAAAUUGGUCCAAGCCGGAGCUGUCAUGAUGCC